AUGUCUGCCUCUGUUAUGGACCUAGGGCCUGAGCUGCUGGCUCGUCUGCCCACUCUGACAAGUCCUCUGGGCAUUGCCUCUGUCGCUGCUAUUUUGCUCAUCUCCCUGUUUAUCACUGAGAAGCUCCUCAGUGUGCCUUAUCCCCCGAGUAUUCCGCUGAUAAGAGAACCUGAAGGCGCUCGUCGCUUUAGUCUGCGCACGCGAUGGCAGUACCUGACUAAUUGCCAACCCAUGUACUAUGAAGCAUACCAUAAAUACCUCAAACAAGGCAAAGCAGUCGUUGUUCCUGGCUUCGGCAUCAGAAUAGAAGUCCUGCUUCCCCAGAACCAGAUGAAAUGGACCAUAAACCAGCCCGAUGAGGUUCUUGAUCAGGGCCUAGCCUUUGCCGAGAUUGACCAAGUCUCUUGGGCCCUCGGUCACAAUAGAUUCGUCGUGGAUGCCUGGCAGGGAAUGAUUGUCAAGACUGAGAUGAACCGUACAAUCGAAGUUGUCGCCAACGCCAUGAAGGAGGAGCUGCGCGAGGUCUUUGACGAGCAAUUCGGCACAGAUACGGAGAACUGGAAGAAGAUUGAUCUUACUCCAACCAUCAAGAUGAUCAUCGCUCAAGCUGCCAGCCGAAACAAGGAGUACCUUCAGAAUGCUCUCGACACAAAUGAGCUCUUCAUCUUGAAUGCUGGUCUGACAGGAGGUAUGCCGCAAGUCUUCAAACCAUUCACAGGCACCGUCUUUGGCUGGUUAGUCGGCAGCAAAGUGUCGCAGCUCAAGAAAUGGAUUGUUCCUCUCUUGAAGCAGCGCGUCGACAAGAUCAAGAACCACCCCGAAGAGCCAGAGCCACAGGACCUGCUCCAAAUGAUGAUCAAAUAUGCCCUCCGCGAAAGACAAGACGAGGCCGAAAACUGGGACAGCAUGACACGACGUGUUGUCGCCCAGAACUUUGGCGCUAUUCACAACACCCAGAUCCACGUCGUUCAUCUGCUCCUAAAUGUCAUUGGCUCCGAUGCCGAGUACAACACCAUUUCCGUCCUGCGAGACGAGAUGGAUCGUCUUCUCGGCUCCGACGACACAGAAGGCUGGACAAAAGCCGCUAUCCAAUCCAUGACCCGCGCCGAUAGCGUUUCCAGGGAGUCAAUCCGUCUCGGCACUUUUGGUACACGCGCCGUCUUCCGCAAAGUAAUGACCGACGACUUCAAGACGCAGGACGGCCAUCACCUCCCCAAAGGAACUCUCCUUUCCUUUAAUAGUUUCCAAGCACAGACAGACGACGAACUCUACGAGGACGGUCUCAAGUACGACCCCUUCCGCUUCUCCCGCAUACGUGAAGAAGCUGCUAGUCGCGGUGAAAAGGCGCCCCCCGCAACCUUUGUUACUACGUCUCCAGAGUUCUUGACCUUUGGACACGGAAAGCAUGCGUGUCCUGGACGCUUCCUGAUUGACUUUGAGAUGAAGAUGAUUCUGGCCUAUAUUGUGAAGAACUAUGACAUUAAGUUUCCGGAUGAGUACGAAGGCAAGAGGCCUCCUAAUGUCUGGAUCACAGAGGCGAAUAACCCACCAAGUGGUACCCAUAUUAUGGUCAAACGACGGGCGCAGAAGUAG